AGCAUGAAAUAGAUAGCUGAGCCAGAGAAGAUUUUCGUUAUCCCUAAAUAACAUCCUUAUCAUUCGCAGCGGAACUCCGAGGGAGGGAUCAGAUUAUUCGGAUAAAACCAAUAAAAUGGCGGCAGAGACUCUGAGAUUAACGGGUUCUGCUUCAUAUUCACUCUGUACCUUCAAUGGGUCUACAAGGGGAGCUAACUCUUCUUCAACCCCAAUUCGGUUUCUGGGUCUCCCUCCUCGAGCUUCAGUCUCUCCUUCAAUCUCUUCGUCGCUUUCUCAUUUUAUGGGAGGCAUGCGUUUUGGCUCACAGUUGUCGAAGGUUUCCAUUUCAUGUAGACAGCAACAGAGGAGGAGAAACUUCUCUGUCUUUGCCUUGGCCGCUGAGGAGGCAAAGCGUGCGGUACCAUUGAAAGAUUACCGCAACAUUGGAAUUAUGGCUCACAUAGAUGCAGGAAAGACUACUACAACUGAACGGAUACUGUACUACACAGGAAGAAACUAUAAAAUAGGUGAAGUACAUGAAGGAACAGCUACAAUGGACUGGAUGGAGCAAGAACAAGAAAGAGGAAUUACCAUUACUUCUGCUGCAACUACCACAUUCUGGAAUAAACACCGGAUCAACAUUAUUGAUACUCCUGGCCAUGUUGAUUUCACACUUGAAGUGGAACGAGCGCUCAGGGUUUUGGAUGGUGCUAUCUGCCUAUUUGACAGUGUAGCUGGUGUGGAACCACAGUCUGAAACUGUGUGGAGGCAAGCUGAUAAAUAUGGAGUACCAAGAAUUUGCUUUGUAAAUAAGAUGGAUCGCCUUGGAGCAAACUUCUUUAGAACGAGAGACAUGAUAAUAACAAACUUGGGUGCCAAACCUCUUGUUCUUCAAAUUCCAGUUGGUUCAGAAGACAAUUUUCAAGGGGUUGUUGAUCUUGUAAAAAUGAAAGCUAUAAUUUGGUCAGGAGAAGAACUAGGUGCGAAGUUUGUAUAUGAUGAUAUUCCAGUGGAUCUUGAAGACUUGGCUCAAGAAUAUCGAGCAUUGUUGAUAGAGAAUAUAGUUGAGUUGGAUGAUGAUGCUAUGGAGAAAUAUCUAGAAGGAGUUGAACCUGAUGAGGAAAUUAUAAAAAAAUUGAUUAGGAAGGGCACAAUUGCCAGCAGUUUUGUGCCAGUUUUAUGUGGGUCUGCUUUUAAAAAUAAGGGUGUUCAGCCAUUGCUUGAUGCUGUUGUUGAUUAUUUACCUUCUCCUCUUGACUUGCCAGCUAUGAAGGGGACUGAUCCUGAGAACCCAGAAGUAACAAUUGAAAGGACUGCAAGUGACGAUGAACCAUUUUCUGGACUAGCUUUCAAGAUCAUGAGUGAUCCAUUUGUAGGAUCCCUCACAUUUGUGCGAGUUUAUGCAGGGAAGCUAGCUGCAGGAUCUUAUGUACUGAAUGCAAACAAAGGAAAGAAGGAGAGAAUCGGAAGACUGCUAGAAAUGCAUGCCAACAGUAGGGAGGAUGUUAAGUUAGCGUUAACUGGUGAUAUUAUUGCUCUGGCAGGUCUAAAAGAUACCAUAACUGGUGAAACACUCUGUGAUCCUGAUAAUCCUAUUGUGCUUGAACGUAUGGACUUCCCUGAUCCCGUGAUCAAGGUUGCAAUUGAACCCAAGACCAAGGCUGAUGUUGAUAAGAUGGCUACUGGCUUGAUCAAACUUGCUCAGGAGGACCCUUCUUUUCAUUUCUCAAGAGAUGAAGAAAUCAACCAGACUGUUAUUGAAGGAAUGGGGGAACUGCAUCUUGAGAUUAUUGUGGAUCGCCUAAAAAGAGAAUUUAAGGUGGAGGCUAAUGUUGGCGCACCCCAAGUAAACUACCGAGAAAGCAUUUCCAAAGUUUCAGAAGUGAAGUAUGUGCAUAAAAAACAGUCUGGUGGACAAGGACAGUUUGCAGAUAUAACUGUUCGGUUUGAACCUAUGGAGCCAGGUAGUGGAUAUGAGUUCAAAAGUGAAAUCAAGGGAGGUGCAGUGCCGAAAGAAUAUAUUCCUGGGGUGAUGAAAGGAAUGGAAGAGUGCAUGAGUAAUGGAGUGCUUGCAGGUUACCCUGUUGUGGAUGUACGCGCUGUGUUGGUAGACGGUUCUUACCACGACGUGGAUUCAAGUGUUUUGGCAUUUCAACUGGCAGCUAGGGGAGCAUUCCGAGAAGGCAUGAAGAGAGCCGGCCCAAAGAUGCUAGAACCCAUAAUGAAAGUUGAAGUGGUGACACCUGAAGAACAUUUGGGAGAUGUUAUUGGUGAUCUCAACUCUAGGAGAGGUCAGAUUAACAGCUUUGGCGACAAACCUGGCGGCCUAAAGGUGGUUGAUGCUCUUGUUCCACUGGCAGAGAUGUUUCAAUAUGUGAGUACGCUUAGAGGAAUGACGAAAGGUCGAGCAUCGUAUACUAUGCAAUUAGCUAAGUUUGAUGUUGUCCCUCAACACAUUCAGAACCAGCUUGCUUCAAAGGAGCAAGAAGUUGCUGCUUGAUUCCCUGGAGGAGGUUUUGAACUUUGUCAGAUUGAUUCAAGGAACCAGUUUUGUUGUCAUGUAUAAAUGCAGACAAAUUUAGUGAAGAAACACUGUUAUACCAUUGAACAUCAAACCUAAGAUUGUUGAAUAUGUGAGGGUACGGGUAAGACGGGAAGAACAAAUAAAUGUUGGAAAAUUUUUUUUAUUUAUUUAUUAUUAUUAUUUUUUAAAA